AUGAUAUUCCUCAUUCUUUUGCCCCUGGCAGUAACCUCGUGGACUGUGCCCUUGGAAUUGGCAAUUGGAGGUAACGUUGGCGAUUUUUUCAAUGUUCGUAUUUAGCCGCUAACUUCCAUGACUUUGGCAGCAUAAGUAUUGAUUCUGAUUCGGAAGGAAAUUUCACGGGUUUUUUCAAAUCGUCCUUGAACCCUUCCCAGCUUCAGAAGUCGCUGCAUCAGAACUUGGCAGGGCAGUAUAAAAUAAAGGGCGGGUCGGUUUCCUCGUCGAGUUCAGCUUGUCUGAUGCUAAAAUCUGGUCUCAAACACGAAUUCCACUUGACGAUUGAUGGAUUGAAACAGAAAAUACUUUCUUUGACUGUGUUUCCUCAAGGUUUAUACGAUGUUGGAGAGCUUCAUUGCGACGAAACCGAUAUCAAGCAUAACUUCCCGUCAAAACUCCAAGGUAGUGUUAUAAUAACAUGUGUCAAAGAUCUGCCCUCGUAAGUUCACGCUGUUUAUGAAGAAGUCCUUUAGUCCUGAUGUGACCACUUAUUUACAAAGAAUGGAAGACGAGAAAAGAGCCAGACAACAUGGAGCAGCUCAAGACAACCGAUCGUUCUUGGCCAAAUAUGUGAGUCGCUUAUCCCCUCAAGGAAAACAAUCAGAGCAUUCUUAGAUUUAUAUCAAUUGUUUUUUCAGUGGAUGUACAUCGUCCCUGCCGUCAUUUUCUUGCUGAUAACCAACGCUGUAGGAACAGACCAACAAGCCGAAGGAUGA